UCUCUCCUCUCUCUCUCUCACUCCCUCACUCGCUUCAACUCUCUGGCUCUCUCCUCUCUCUCUCUCACUCCCUCACUCACUUCAACUCUCUAGCUCUCUCCUUCUCUCUCUCACUCACACUCUCGCUGAGCUCUAACCGCUUGGAUACAGUGCAGAGGACUUGGGAAGAGUGCUCUUUUCUUCUUCUGCGUUUCCUUCCCUCCUCUCUCCCUCGAGAGCUAUUGAUUUAGAUCAAUUCAUUGGGAUGAGGAUGCGUUUGUGUUAAGCUGCAACAAAGGAAGAGUGCACAAGAAGCAACAGGGGAGUAAUUGACUGCACAGAGAAACGGGAGACCCCCCUCCUUUACAGGCUCAACAAGGCAGCCAUGUGAUUGGGGGGUGGCAAAGAGCAAAGAAUGUCCAGGAGGUUCAGCUAAAGCAGCCCUGCAGUGAGAAUCUCCCUCUCUGGCGCCUGUUCUUCAUGAGGACCCGAAGAUGACUGUCACCAGCCGGCAGUCCUUGAAUGUCCUGACAGUCAUCUUUCUCCUGCUGUCCACUGCAGCUCUAUCAGCUCAUUUCAGAGUGUGUGAACCAUACUCCGACCACAAGGGGCGCUAUCACUUUGGUUUCCACUGCCCUCGCCUUUCUGACAACAAGACCUACAUGUUCUGCUGUCACCACAACAACACUGCCUUCAAGUACUGCUGCAACGAGACUGAGUUCCAGACGGUCAUGCAGGUCAACCUGACUACCACCACAGACGGCUUCAAACACAAUAACUACACAGCCCUGGUGGGAGUGUGGAUCUAUGGCUUCUUCGUCAUGGUGCUGCUAGCCCUGGACUUCCUCUACUACUCGGCCAUGAACUAUGAGCUGUGUCGGGUUUACCUGGAGAAGUGGGGUCUGGGUGGGCGCUGGCUGAAGAAAGCCAGGAGCCAGUGGCACCAGCCAGUCCCAGGAGAGGAGAAUGAGACCCAGGCACAGACCCAGGGUCACCCCAUGGCCCUCAGCCACCAGCACCCCAGACACAGCCUCAGAGGAGAGGACCAGAGCCCCACGAACCCUAGCACGCCCCCACCGUCUGACUGAAGCUGCGAGAGGAUGAAUGGAUGGAGCAGCGAUGUUGAGCAGAGCACGCCGCAGAAGAUAGCACGGCUCCGACACCUGUCUCUGUCUGGCUGGAUUAUUUACACAGUAACAUACCACAGGGUGACUGUCCCUGCCGGAGCUAGCAGUUAGCUAAUAGGACCUGCUCGCCUCCAUUCCUCUAAACACCUCCACCACUGGACCAACGGAACCAGGCCAAAGGUCGACACUAGACUACUAUGAAAGGUCCUGGCGAAUGGAGCUGCUGCUACCCAAACACUGUUAAGGAACAGGUCACAGGCACUGAAACUGACCGUGAAGAACCCCUGCAUGGGCUGUUCUACGAGGACGCCAAGGGAAACUGAAAGCGCAACUGAUCAACUGAACAAGGGGGGCUUUGUUUAAUGUGUGUGUUUGAGUGUUGAUUGUACUUUGUUGCUGUGUGGGGUUAAAUUCAGUCGUAGUCAGAAGAGGUAGUGAGUGUAUCUCUUGGUGAUUUAUUUAAUGUCGACUAGUCAGGGACUUUUUACGAGUGGUAGACAUUCUAGACGAUUCACCAUGAUGCUUAGCAUCUCUUUGGAGCUAAAAUUAGGACAUCGACUGGCUCAAUCGCUGAGGAUAGAUCUAAUUGGACGGUGAAGUCUAUGGAACAGACAUCUUUCAGCAUAAUGAACCUUAAUUGAAUACGGUGGCCCCUCCCCUUCAAGUCACCCUGUCAGCUCAGCAAUCAGGGAGAGUGGAGUGCUGACAAAAUAAUCACUUCAGUGGUUCCCACUGAAAGGUGUUACACUGCAAAAAAAAAAAGUGAAAUCUAAGCAAGUAUAAAUAUCUUCUAUUGAAAUAUCUUUCUUGUUUCUUCAAACCAAGCUAACGUCAGUGGCAGAUCAUUUGAUUUAGGCUUAACUGUUACUUUUUUCAGUGUAGUGCACAGGGAGGGGAUGAAGCUCAACACUUCAUUCAUUUCUGACAUGAACUUUCGUAUUGAUCCAUAAAGUGCCGUUUUUGUUGUGUUGGGAGGGGUGAGAGAAUAAAGCAUCUGUUCGGGUCAGCAGACUGGGAGGGGGAUGGAGUGUGAUGGGGGAAGACCAGGCGGUAUAUAAUACUGUACCAGGGUAUGUCUCUACUCACUCUAACCCAAUUCUGGAGCUGUAACCUGCGAUCUGGCAGCAGCUUAGCCGGUACAUUAUGUGCAGAGAAUUCCUGCACUGUACACACCGUGCAGCAGGAAAUACACUACAGGGUCGUUGGUAGGGGCCAACCAAGAGGGCAGACCCAUAAAUGGUUCUCUGGGAGUUACUGGAAAUACCACCAAUACUCCUGAACAGCCACUAGGCAGGAUGAGCAGGACAACUGUCCCCAAUAUACUCAAACGGCAAACUCAACCUGCCAAUUUAUUCCAAUGAUUUAAAUCAAUUGUUUUGUCAACAUCUGGCUUCAUAAAUUCUCUGAAGUGGGCAGGCCCCAAAAAAUAAAAUGUUACCAUCUUCUGUUACAACAAUGACCAUGGCUGACAAUAUACACUGAGUGUAUAAAACAUGAAGAACUCUUUCCAUGACAGAGUGACCAGGUGAAUCCAGGUGAAAGCUAUGGUCCCUUCUUGAUGUCAGUGUGGAUGAAGGGGAGGAGACAGGUUAAAUAAUAUUUUUUAAGCCUUGAGACAAUUGAGACGUGCAUUGUGUAUGUGUGCGAUUCAGAGGGUGACAAAUGAUUGAAGUGCCUUUGAACCUGGUAUGGUAGGAGGUACUAGGUGCCAGGCGCACCAGUUUGUGUCAAGAACUGCAAUUCUGCUGGGUUUUUCACGUCCAACAACUUCCUGUGUGCAUCAAGAAUGGUCCACCAUCCAAAGGACAUCCAGAUAACUUGACACAACUGUGGGAAGCAUUGGAGUCAAUGCUGUGUUUGUUAUACUCUUGGGAUCUCUUAUGAUUAGCAAUAACGUUUAGAUUUGGCCAGUUUGAGAUAGUUAACUUCCGUAUAGUCUAAUUGCAUGUUUGCUCCAGCAAACUUGUAACUUUUGCUGAGAUACGAUGUGCCCAACUGAAAUAAUUGGCCUGGGCUGGAGAGCGGUGGAGGUGCUAAUUGCGCUCUAUCUCUUCGUCCUGCUUUCCUUUCUCCCCCCCCCCCCCAGAAAGUGAGGCAGCAUCAGCAACAAGGAAGCCCGGAGGAGGAUGAAUUUUAAACAGCUUCUGCAGUACAAAAGGGGAUUUAAUUGGGCCUCAAAACAGGGGAAUUGGCAGAGAUCAGAUGUGCUCGGGAACACACGUCUCCUCCGGAACCCCAGUGCUGUUUUGCUGUAACAAGGCUGUGAGCAGGGAAUUCCCUUCCCAUCGACAAUAUGUAGUGGUGAUAACUAGGGUAAUGCCCCUGCCCUAGCAGGCAGACAUGUAAUGUAGGCUACAGCCCAACAGUUGCCCCUCUUAUCGUAGCAAUGAUAAUGGGGAGCCAAACUGCAGCCCUCCCCAAACUGGAAGCCCAAACAAGCUCUGUGGUGUUGUUGUUUUACAAGGCAAAUCUGACUUUCUGUUUUGCUUUCUUAACAUGGACUUGACGUGACAUAGUCAAUAUUGUAAGCAUUGCUGUAAGGAUGGCAGCGCACUUAUGUUUUAGUCUUGAGGUUGCUGUAGUAACAGUUGCCUUACAGUGGAUCUCCACUUGUGCACAGAAGCUUUGUAGUGAUUGGUCGGUACCUCACUGUGGGUGUGGUGAUGAUGACCUGCACCACGUUCUGUCUAUGUAUUACCCACUAGAAUGUACAGUUAGAAGCUGAAUUGUUUCUGCACUUGUUAACUUUGUAUUGUUACACCAGGGAGAAAUAAAGAUGUAUCUUUUCCAGUGUGUUUAAACAUUC